AUGGCUCUCAAAUAUUUGCCAUCCUACACAAUGUCGAUGAGUUUCUUGGUUGUUUUUCUAGGUGGUCUACGUGUUCAAGCCCAGGAUCAAUCAGGAUUUAUCAGCAUAGAUUGCGGAGCUCCAGCGGAUGUGAACUACACUGAGCCAAAAACAGGCAUAAAUUACAUUUCAGAUGCCAAUUUCGUAAACACGGGUGUGAGUGGGACAAUAAUACCUGAAACCAUCAACACUGUCUAUCAACGACAGAUGAUGAAUGUGAGAAGCUUCCCAGAAGGAAAAAGGAACUGCUACAGAAUAAACAUCACAAGAGGUUCCACUUAUCUCAUCCGGACUAACUUUUUGUAUGGAAAUUAUGAUGGGCUGAAUAGGGCACCACAGUUUGAUAUUCAUCUCGGGGUUAACCGGUGGUAUACAGUGAAUAUAGGCAAUGCAUCUACUCCCCAAGUUAACGAGAUCAUACAUGUACCUUCACUGGAUUACCUGCAUAUUUGUCUGGUUGACACAGGUCAUGGGACACCCUUUAUAUCAGCUAUAGAAUUGAGGACUUUGAAAAGUGAUACAUACGUCACUCAAUUUGGUUCAUUGGAAUAUCAUAACCGAUGGGAUUUAGGUUCAAACAACAGCUACAGGUACGAUGUUGAUGUUUAUGAUCGUUUCUGGUAUAGCUAUGGCGACAACAAAGAUUGGAAACAAAUAAGUGCUUCUAUUGCUGCUGAUUCUUUUGAUCAGAAUCAUUACAAACCGCCAGAAAUUGUCUUGAGCACCGCAGUUACACCAGUAAAUGCCACUGCUCCAUUGGUAAUAAGCUGGGAGCCACAAAAUCCAACUGAGCUAUACUAUGUUUACAUGCACUUCACCGAGAUUGAAGUGUUACCGAAGAACCAGACAAGAGAGUUCAAUAUCACCCAGAAUGGAAAGCCAUGGUAUCAAAAUUUGUCUCCAAUGCACCAGAGUAUAAACACUAUAUAUAGCAGGUCAGGCAUCAAUGGGGAAAAAAUUGAAUAUUCACUUGAGAAAACCAAGAAUUCAAGCCUUCCUCCCAUCAUAAAUGCCAUUGAAAUUUACAAAGUAAUAAACUUCCACCAGACAGACACACACCAAGGAGAUGUUGAUGCUCUUACAACCAUCAAGUCUGUUUAUGGAGUGACAAGAGAUUGGCAGGGUGAUCCAUGCGCUCCUGUAGCCUACUCGUGGGAUGGUCUCAAUUGUAGUUAUCGCGGGACUGAGAACCCAAGAAUCACAAGUUUGAAUUUAUCUUCAAGUGAAUUGUCAGGAACGAUAGAUCCUACGAUUGCAAAUCUCAUCAUGUUGGAGAAGUUGGAUUUAUCAAACAAUAACUUAUACGGCGAAGUUCCUGAUUUUCUAUCAAGAUUACAACACUUGAAGAUGAUAAAUUUAGAGAACAACAACCUAACUGGUUCAAUUCCCUCAGCACUAGUUCAAAAAUCUAAGGAAGGUUUCCUAUCACUAAGUGUGGGCCAAAAUCCAUAUCUAUGCGAAUCCGGUCAAUGCAACGAGAAGAGAAAGAACAAGAAGAACAUUGUUACUCUGUUAUUAGCAUCAGUUUGCGGGGGUUUGAUCCUUCUGGUGGCUGUGGCAGCUGUAUCGUGGACUCUCAUAAAGAGAAAACCUAAUGAUUUGACGGUAGAUCAACGUGAGAUGACACCGCAAUGCACAGAACAAGAUGAUUCAUUGCACCAAUUCAAAAAACAACUAUAUUCAUACAGUGAUGUAGUUAGAAUCACCAACAAUUUCAAUACAAUUGUUGGUAAAGGUGGGUUUGGAACAGUUUAUCUAGGUUAUAUUGGUGACACUCCCGUGGCAGUGAAAAUGCUUUCUCCAUCUUCAGUUCGUGGAUAUCAACAAUUUCAAGCAGAAGUUAAACUUCUAAUGAGAGUUCAUCAUACAAAUCUCACCUCGCUUGUUGGUUAUUGUAAUGACAGAGAUUAUAAGGGUCUCAUAUAUGAGUACAUGGCUAACGGGGACUUACAAGAACAUCUGUCUGGUAAACACAACAAAUCAAAAUUCUUGAACUGGGAAGACAGACUUCGUAUAGCUGUGGAUGCAGCCCUAGGAUUGGAGUAUCUUCAAACUGGUUGCAAGCCUCCUAUAAUCCAUAGAGACGUAAAAUCUACAAACAUCUUGUUAGAUGAAAAGUUCCAAGCAAAAUUAUCUGAUUUCGGUCUAUCCAAAAUUUUCCCAAUUGAUGAGGAAACUCAUGUGUCAACUGUUGUUGCUGGAACUCCUGGGUAUCUAGACCCUGAUUACUACAUAUCCAAUAGAUUAACACAUAAAAGCGAUGUUUAUAGCUUUGGAGUUGUUCUUUUGGAAAUAAUCACUAGUCAACCAGUAAUAGCAAGGAAUGAAGAAAGGACACACAUCAUUCAAUGGGUUGGAUCACUGAUUGCAAACGGGGAUAUCAAUGCGAUUGUUGACUCAAGGUUAGAAGGAGAUUUUGACAUUAAUUCAGCUUGGAAAGCCGUAGAAAUAGCAAUGGCAUGUGUUUCCUUGAAUCCCAGUGAAAGACCAAUGAUGAGGAUGAUAGUGACUGAACUAAAGGAAACUUUAGCAACCGAAUUAACUCGAACUAAACUCAUUGAUCCCGAUAUAAGAAGAGAUUCAGUUGAACCUGUCACCUUCAAUCUGGAUACUGAACUCACUCCCCUGGCGAGCAUAGUCCCACCUGAGCUUGCCACUGGGCAUAUGAAUAUGAGCAAGAUGGGAUAUACCCUCUAG